CGGAAGUGACGCAUCGGUUUCCGAGGCCGUUCUGGGGGAAGUGGAGAGUGGGCUCGGACUUCUGCUGGGGGCUGCUGGAUUCUGCUGGAGCCUGUUGGUGCUUGGUGACCUCCAGCAGGACCUGGAGCGUGGAACUUCCUGCUGGUUUCUGGCAGUCUCUGCCGGAGCCUGGUGACUUCUGUUGAAGUUUGACGCCCUAGGCUGGAGUCUGGCUGACCCCCAUUGAGACUGCCAGCUCAGCUGGUCCCUGUUGGUGAACCCCCGUGAAUUCUGCUCUGUCACUGGUGGGGGUCUGCUGGAAACCAAUCGCCUCUGCUGGUUUCUGGGCGUCUCUCAGCAGAUGUGAAAUGAAACCCAGGUUUCUGGUGGCCCCCUGUGAGCUCUGAUGGGCGUCUGCUGGUCUCAGUUGACCUCUGUUGGUGGCAGUCCACUUUAAGUCAUCUCAAGUGCCUAAGUUGUUCUCUGCUGGUGUUGAGUGUGGGAGCAUGGGCGUACUGGAGAAAUUUGAACCAGUGGUCUAUGCCCCUCUCUGCAUGACCUCGAUCAUGACUCUUACAGUCUCCCUAGAGUUGGUAUACGUCAUCCUCACUGACCCGCACUUGGCCCCUACCCCCUCAGUGGACAGGACAAGCUCUAGUUUGGAGCCAGAGCCCUGGGGAACACCCCGUACCGUGGCUAGCCCCGGUCAGGCCUUGGGGAUGUGGCAGAUAAUCCACCUUGCCUUCGUAGCCUUCGUCCUGGGCAACGUGGUGGGAAACCUCUGCUUGUUCAUCCGGAGGAACCCCAGCAUCCGCGGAGUGUUCCUGGCCAACCAGGCGGUGGGACAGGGCUGGAGCUACUGCUUCCUGUGCGAGAGCCACGUGCCCCCACGCUGCUCGCACUGCCCCGACUGCAAGGUGUGCGUGCUGCGCCGGGAUCACCACUGCGUCCUCUUCGGGCAGUGCGUGGGCCACGCCAACCACCGCUUCUUCCUCUGCUGCCUCCUCUACAUGUGGCUGGGCCUCCUCUACGCCAUCUCCCUCAACGCCGACAUCUUCCUGGGCUACCUGCAGGAAGGGCUGUCCCUGCACAGCCUGUUCCUCCUCUUCAUUCCCUGGGCCAUGCUGAUUACAGGCCACGUGGGCGUCAGCACCUUCGCCUUUGCGUUUGUGGCAGACACGUGCAUCCUGGGCUUCGUCUUCAUGUCCGCCUUCCUGCUGUUCCACCUGCGGCUGCUGUGGUACGGCCAGACCACGCGGGAGUGGAGCUCCAGCCUGCGCGGCCUCUACAACCUGGGCUGGCGGCGGAACGUGGUGGAGCUGCUCGGCAGCCGGUGGUACCUGGCCUGGCUGUGCCCGCUGGUGCCCUCCCCACUGCCCGGCAACGGAGUGACCUUUGAGAUCAGGCCCCUCCCGGCCCAUCAGCCGGCCAGCAUGUACUGAGAGAUCCCCCCCGCCGCAGACGAUGUGGACCUGACCUCUGAGAAGACGGCUCCUUCAACGUCCCCCUGCACCCCCUCCCUCCCCAACGCACGACCUCCACUCGAGUCACCGUGGACGCACAGGCUCCCGCCCGUUGGCUUCGAGAGGAAUCUGCCGUACCUCCCACCCCCUCAUGGACCCUGGACUCCACAGUGCCUUGCACGGUCCUGGAUGAUUACAGUGAACCUGCUGCCCCCCCCCCUCAGGAAAUAUCGUAGGGAAGGCAUUUCUUCGGAGCAGAUCCUCCAUGCCGUACUCUUGCCUCGUUUACACCCUCGAGGGAGGUGGGAGUGAGUCCAUUCAGCCCUUUGGGACUGUUCCAGCAUCUGCUGCGAUCCGGACUGAUAUCGAGUUCCACACUCUCAGACUGUCUGCCUUCAGAGUUGAAAGUAAAUUUGCUGUGGUUACUAUGUGCUACCUGAAGGUUCAUGUUCUUGCAGGCAUUUACAAGGAAAUAAAAGAAAUGCAACAGAAUCUUCAGAAAGAAACUUGUAAACAAGGGCUAACAACGUGGAGUCGGAAGACAAGCUGUGCAAAUAAAAUAACACAGAGAACGUGAGUUGUAAAGUCUCUUGAAGUUUGUCUGUAGGUCGUAGAAUCAGUGCCGUGCCGUGGUGGGUGAAGUUAUCCACGCCGGUUCAGGAGCGAUGGAGACCUCAAGGUCGGUUUGCCACGCCUGCCACGUAGUGAGCUGCGUGAAGUC